AUGGCCGCUCGUGCUGGUCGCAAGCUGGUCGUCGACGUCCACACCCAUCUCUACCCGACGGCAUACAUCGACAUGCUCAAGAAGCGCUCCGAAAUUCCCUACGUGCGGCCCUUUCCGCCCACCAACGAGCUCUGUCUGUGUAACCGGCCGCCGCAAAACACCAGCAAGACGGGCGCCGACGCCGUCGAUGCCGCAGCCGCGUCCAAGGUUCCGCCAGGCCGCAUCUUGCACCCGCAUUACUAUGACGUCGACGAGAAGCUCGCGUUCAUGGACCACCACCAGAUCGACAUUUCCGUCCUGUCUCUGGGGAAUCCCUGGCUGGACUUUUUGCCUGCCGACACGGCCGCCGCCGUCGCCGUCGAGAUCAACGACGCCACCAAUGCGAUCUGCUUGCCGCACGCCGACCGCCUCUUCUUUUUCGGCGCGCUCCCUCUGAGCGGCGGCGAGUCUGCCAUCCUCGGCGAGAUUGCCCGCCUCGGCACCCUCCCGCAGGCCCGCGGCGUCGUCAUGGGCACGGGCGGCCUGGGCGACGGCCUCGACGACCCCACGUUGAUUCCGGUGUACCGUGCCUUGGCCGACGCGAGCUUGCCCAUCUUCCUGCACCCCAACUACGGCCUCCCGGGCCCUGUGUGGGGCAGCCGCGGCGGCGACUACGGCCAGGUUCUGCCGCUGGCGCUCGGCUUCACCAUGGAGACCACCAUCGCGCUGACGCUCCUGUUUCUGUCGGGCGCCUUUGACGCCGUGCCCGCGCUCCAGGUGAUUGUCGCCCACAGCGGCGGCUGCCUGCCCUUUCUGGCCGGCCGCGUCGAGGCCUGCAUCGAGCACGACCAGGCGUGGGCGGCCGCGGGCAAGCUGGCGGCGGGCCGCACGACGCUGUGGCACGCGCUGCGCACCAACAUCUACCUCGACGGCGUCGUCUUCGACAAGAUCGGCCUGCGCGCGGCCGUCGAGGCGAGCGGCGUCGACCGCGUCAUGUUUGGCACCGACCACCCCUUUUUCGCGCCGCUCGACAUCCACGCCCAGACCUUCCCGGCCAUGACGCUGAACCGGGACGCCGCGCGCGGUGUGUUUCCCGAGGGCGACGCGGCCGCAGCCAAAGACGCCGACGGCAACGACAGAUACGAUCUGGUGAUGGGCGAGAAUGCAGUGCGUGUCCUCAAGUUGCGGUAG